CCACGAGUUGUGGAGCUGGCACUACGCAAGUCUUCCACUGUUUUCGUCUUACACACAGACCUUGCCGCUUUUAUAUCAGUACCACAAUGUUCUAUCAUCUAUGAAGAAUUCUGAUCAUUGUACUGCCAACUUUAUGUGGCCGAAUCAACUUCAGAAUGCAAAGCCAUGACUGUGAAAAACACCGCUUCGUCGCUGUCGUCAGCAUUUUUCUGCCAUCCCAUGGUUCUGGCCGAAGCAGCCAAAAUUGUCUCCCUGUGGGGGUCCUUUAUUUAUAAUUAGAAUGUAGAAAUGAUCGGGCAAAUCUUAUGGCCAUCAAGCAAGCCAAUAACAGCAAACAAGAGUCAUGCCUGACUUCCAGCAUGAGCAACAGGGUUCUACAUGACGACGCUCGACGAAGUGAGCGCAAUUUGGACUUCGGCUUGUAUUAUACGUGCCUGUGCCGCAAAUUACAGGAACAUCAUAAUCUUGCCAGAACACUGGAUACUGGGCAGUUUAUCCAACCACAUCCACAAUGACUUACAUCUGUCCACGGUCAGGCCUUUCUGUGUGGAACAGCCAAGGUAGCCAGGCAAAAAGGCCAGCAGCAGCAGAAUCGCGGCGGUAGCAACGAGAAAAUGAACCAUUAUCAACGAUGAAACCGGAAAAAAAUGAUAAAGCAGCACUGGUGUGUGAUCCUGUUCCUUUACUUUAUCAGCACAUGCUAGUUAAAACAGUAAUUAGUGUAGUGGAAAGGAACCGCAUUACAGGUUAGCAGUGACUCCGCAUCUUGCUUUUUUGGAGCGCCGUUUAUUUGAGUUUGGAGCCCCGGGAUGUCCAUCAUUGACUUCUCACUAUCCUGGACCAAAAACUGGACCAAAAACCCUGGACCUGGACCAAAAACUGAUUUCCGGCAGUGGCUCCCAGUAAUUCAGAUGCAACAUGGAAACGCCGUUUGCACAAUGGGCUGGGAUGAAUUUCAGGUCACCCGGGAAUCCCAAGUCACCAGGAGGCCAGCGUGAACUGUGGCAUUUGCGGGAAGUCGUAUGCCAGCAAGAAAAGCCUAAAAAUCCAUCUAUGUCACCACAACCGGCGAGAAGCCGUACGCGUGCCACGUAUGCCCCAAACGAUUUAGUCAGAUCAAUAUCCUCAAAGCGCAUCUGGCUUCCACGCCGGACGACGUGACUGGGCGUGUGAAGUCUGCCAGAAACGCUUUACUCAAUUGGCUCACUUGCGCACCCACCAAAGGAUACAUUCCGUGGCCUCACGAGAUCACACCUGCUCAAAAUGCCGGAAACGUUUCAAUUCACAAGGUUCGAGAGAAAGGCACGAGCGCCGCCACACCGAAGCCAAGCCUUCAAAUGCCAUAAAUGCCCGAAACUGUUCACCCGUUCCGCCACCCUCCAACAGCACCUCAACGCCCCCCGGGGCUUUCGAUCGUUCACCUGUCCUUUCGACAAAUGCCAGCGCCAGUUCACAACGAAAUCCAGUGUGCGGCGUCACUGCCGGGAGACUCAACACGCAGCGGAAGCCGAGAGCGACCGGGACAGUACAGUUUCGUCGGCGCCCGAUUCCGGCUUCGAUUCCUCCAAUUCCUCGUCGACCAGCAGCGCGUCCAAUGCGCCGGAAAGUCCGGUGGUAAUUAAAGUGGAAGAGCUGGACGAAAUGCACGAGAUGGGCAUGUACCGCAAGGUCAUCGGCAACCUGACCGAAUCGCAGUUGGAGCGCCUGGAGGAGUAUCUUCAAAUUGUAAUGGACGACCGGAAAACCAACGUCGAUGAUGAUCUAGCGUACACCCUGAAAAAUGAAGCAAUCAGCGAAAACACUGAAUCGGUGAUCGAGAAGGCCAAAUUAUUGACCGGCCGUGUGGAAUUUUAUAACCGCCGCUAUCAUGGCACGCAGUUCUUUCGCCGAUACCACUUAUUUGUGCUCCGGAGAUGAGCAGCGUUAUUUUUUUCCGAAGGACACUGUCGACAGUAAUCACUGGAAUUACUGUCACCGUCCGUCACCGGGUGAAUUGGCGACGGCUAUGUACCGAAAGGCCGUUGGCUGCCUUUUCCUGGAGCGUAUCCCGUUGCCAGUUCUUCGUGUGUAGGUGACGACAGUAGCCAAGCGUAUGCAUUUGAUGGACCACCGACGUACUAAGAAUUUUCCUGAGGCGUUCGACGGUUAUUAAUGACUGUUUCUUGGAAUCGUGUUGACCAUGGAAUCAGUUCUUCGGCAUCGGCCGCUUUAUUACCAUUUCUGUGUUACUGAUAGGUCGUGGAUGGUGGAGUGAUCAGAAUGUCAAGGGAAUUUUAUUCUGGAUUGGUUAGUCUGGAACGAAUUCCCUUCCUGAUUGUGGGAUGUGAUAUUUGGAAGGAUCUUCAUUAUUUUUACGCCUGUAGUUGUUUAUGUAGUUUGUACUGAUCAAGUUAACCAGCGCCGGUUCACUAACUGCACUUGUUGCUCAUUCCAUAUGGAACCAUGACAUG